CGGGACCGUUGAGCGUGCGGCGGACCGGCGAGGCGCAGCCCGAGAGCCGGGAGCGCCAUGGGGCUCGGGCGCGGGGCCGCGUCGCCGCUGCUCCUUCUCGGCUUGGCGAGUCUCCUGGCGGACCUCGAGUGUCAAACAUUUUUGCAUAUCACCUAUCCACUGAAGAUACCAUCCAACUCAUCUGAAGAUUAUAUGGGUGAUACUGAUGAGAGCAUUCAGGCUUAUAAUCUUACCAUCAAUCAGCAGCUGUACACAAUCCACCUGAAACAACAAUCCUUUUUGCCAAAUGAUUUUAUGAUUUAUACAUACAACCCUGGAGGCUUUGUGCAACCCAGUUCCCCACAAAUUCAGAAUGAAUGCUACUAUCAAGGGCAUAUCCAAGGCUUUCCCAACUCUGUUGUAAUACUCAGCACCUGCUCUGGACUCAGAGGACUGCUACAGUUUGAGAAUGUCACCUAUGGAAUUGAGCUCCUGGAAUCCUCAACUACGUUUGAGCAUCUAAUUUAUGAAAUAAACAGCAAAAAUGUCAAAGGCCCACUCUGGACAGAAGAUCUCACCCAAGUAGACAACCAAACGCGGAUUGAACAUGCAUCUUACAAGCUGCUUUCAGAUACCGUGCCGCUGUCAGAUACCACUAAAAACCACAGGUACAUAGAAGUCUAUAUUGUUCUGGACAACAAUUUGUUCAACUAUCUGGGUGGAAACCCUGAUUAUGUAACCCAAAGCAUCGUGCAGAUUAUUGGCUUUGUUAAUAGUAUGUUUGCUAACCUUAACGUAACAAUUGUACUUUCCUCUCUGGAGUUCUGGACAGACUAUAAUAAAAUCUCUACUGUAGGAGAACCCGAUGAAUUACUCCGGAGGUUUUUACAGUGGAAAAAUUCAUACCUUGUUCUGCGGCCGCACGAUCUGGCCUUUUUGUUUGCGUACAGAGAGAAGCCAAAUUAUGUGGGAGCAGCUUUUUCAGGGAAAUUGUGCCUCCGAAAUUUUGAUGCAGGAGUAGCUCUGUAUGAGAAGGCGAUAACUUUGGAGACUUUUUCAGUCAUUGUGGCCCAACUGCUGGGUUUCAACCUGGGGAUGGAAUAUGAAGAUGGCAAAGAGUGCAAAUGUCCAGGACACAUCUGUGUAAUGCACACAAAUGCCGUUAAUUCAAAUGGAAUUAAAAGAUUCAGCAGCUGCAGCAUUGAAGACUUCCAAAAUUUCAUUAAGUUCAGAAGCGCCCCUUGCCUUUCUAAUCGGCCAAAUUUGAAAUUAUACUCUAGGAAGAGAAUGUCAAAAGGCAAAUCAGCUUGUGGGAAUGGCAUUUUGGAACCUGGAGAGAAAUGUGACUGCGGCACUCCUGAGCAAUGUAAAAGGAAUAAAUGUUGCACCAGCACUUGUACGUUUCAGCGUGGAGCCGUGUGCAGUAAUGAAUUAUGCUGUGACAACUGCAAGUUUAAGCCAAGAAACACAAUAUGUAGACAAGCCAUAGACAAGAACUGUGAUUUUCCGGAGUAUUGCAACGGGAGUUCAGGUUCCUGCCCAGUCGAUGUUUAUGCGCACAACGGUCUCAGCUGUGCCUUGGAUACCGGCUUCUGUUACGACAGGUCCUGCCAGUCAGCUGAUCUGCACUGCCAGGAGCUCUUUGGAAUACGGUCAAGAAAUGCUCCGCAAGUGUGUUAUGAAGAAGUUAAUAGCCAGGCUGACAGAUUUGGACACUGUGGCCUCGAUCACAGAAAGAAAUUUAAGACUUGCUCUUUUCGGGAUGUCAAAUGUGGAAAGUUACUCUGCAUGUAUCCCUAUGAAACUCCUUUUACUAAAAUUAAUGUUCCCGUCUUGUAUACACUGGUGAAGGAUGCUGUCUGUGUGUCUUUGGACCUUAAACAGCCAGAAGGCACAGCAGACCCUAUGAUGGUGAAGGAGGGUACAAAAUGUGGACUUGGUAAGAUUUGCAUCAAACACAUAUGUGAAAAUUAUGACAUUCUGAAGUAUGAUUGUGACCCUCUGAAAAAAUGCUCAGGGCAUGGCGUGUGCAACAACAAAAGAAAUUGCCACUGUGACCCAGGAUGGGCUCCUCCAGACUGCAGAAAAAAGGGAAAUCCACUGGGAGGAAGUCUUGAUAGUGGACUUCGCCAUCUGGAAUCAGAUAUUGCGGAAAAGGCCAGGGAAGACAGCAUGCGGACAUGGAUCCUGCUGAGCAUUUUUCUCUUCCUGCCCAUUGUUGUUGGGAGCAUCACUGUGGCUGUCAAGUGGAAACGCAUUAACAAGUAUUGCUUAGAAGAGAAUGAACUGGACGAAGAUUCGCUAUCUUAUUCUAGAUCAGAAGAGAGUAGCACGACCGACAAAACAAGUUUCAGCCAAACAGACCUGAUGUGAACAGAGGGAAAUUGCGCAGCUGCUUUCCAAGCCAGAAAAGAGAAAGCAGCAAGAUCACUGCACAUCUAUGUAUCACCACAUGCCAUAUAAUAAAUCACUGUUUGCAUG